CAUUGAUUGUAAGAAAAACAAAUCAAUUUUCAAAUUCAAAGAUUAUAUCAUUAAUUUAUAUCUGGUUAAUAUAAUUAAGUAAAUUCAAGUGAUAUGGCAACGAGUGACGAUAGUGAUGAGUUCUUCGAAUGUGAGAGCCCUUCAAAAUUAUCUAUAAAACGAAAUUCAAAAGAAGAUCAGCUGCCUUUUGACUUUAAUAAAACAUCCAGCUCAAUAAAAGACGAAAUACUGGAACUUCAAAGACAGCAACAGGAAAGUCAGGAGACUAAACCAAAUCAUGACUUUCAAUUUGUUGAGCCAAGAUCUAAGCACCGACAGCGCUUUAAAGAACUAAAGUCCUGCUUAAAUAACGAUGAUGAUUGCGAUGAUAAUGUUAACAAUAUUAACAAUGAUUCCCAAGAUCCAUCAAAUAGCUCGGCAAGAAGCAUCGAUGCAGCCUCGAGAAACACUGUUCAGUCGUCACAUCCAUUUCGAGUAAUUGAUAAUGAUGGCUUAUCAAUUCACUCGAUGCAGUCACUUGGGAGAGUUGGACGAAUUCUUUCAGGAAGUUUAGAGCCAAAUGCUUUAAGUAUAAGUCGAGAACAGCCACAACAAACACAACAGCAACAAAGUCCACUCAUGGAAUCUCCAUCAAAUAAUGUUGAUAUGCCAUCAAGCUCAAAUUUACAACCAUCAGAUAGUCAUUCACAGUCAAGCAACUAUUCCUUAACAAUUAGUCGAAAUCCAACAAUGCUACAAGAACCCGAUGUAAUUGCAAGCACAAAAUUAUCACAUUCAAAAACAACUGAUAGUAUUACGUCAACUGGUUCUGCACAACAACAACCAGUUGCUCCACCUCGUCGUAAACGUAACAAGAACCGUAAAGCUUCAUCGUCAUCAGAACAUCAGUCAAUUAUUGGAGAUGCCUCGUUGAAAUUAACGCCUAUUGAUAAAUUAUCAGAUGCCUUACAGCCGCCAUCUACAUCGAUGACUAUAACAACAAAUAGCCUAACUGUUUCAAUGUCAACGACUACAAAUGAGACGAAAAUAAGUAAUUUAAAAGCGGACGAUAAUUCAACUCCAAGAAUUCUUCCAAGUCCUGCGACUUUACAUGCUAUAACUAGAGAAAUUGAAAAUUCUUUUAAAGAAUCCUCAUCACUAGAGUCACCGACAGCAAUAAUAGUUGGUUCUCCAUCAAACAAUACAAGAUUUACAGGCUCAUUGAGCAAAAUUUCAUGUUCACAAUUUACAUUUAAUAAAGCUAGUAGUCCAUCAAAUAGUGUUAAAAGCAAUUCAGCCCCUGGACGUGUAACUUCAAUGGAUCCACAUUUUACAAUGAGCAUUCACAAAGUUACGCAAGGAAAUUUCUGUGUUAAGCCACAAGAUGAAAUAGUAAAUCGUGGCGAAAGUAAGUUGAAAGAAGGUGAACAUAAAAAGUCGUCGACAACAAUGGAAGACAUUGAGAGGCUACAAAAGAUGCGCACUGAAAUAUCUGGUAGCGAAAGACUCAAAUGGCCUGGAAUUGGCUCUAAUAGUUUAGGAAAUGAUACACGUUAUAGACCGGAAUCAAUAACAGACUCGAAAGAACGAAGAAAAUCAGCUGGUGAUGAAGAAGUUUUUAAGCAAUUAAAUGUAAGCGUUCGAAUGCGUUCUGAUUCUGGUCAACGAUUGACUGAUAAAGAGAUUCUCGAUCAAGUUCCUGUAAAAAAUUUAGAUACUGGUGAACAUUUCCCAUUAUCCAUUGCUGACGAAAAGACCGAACAAUGUAUUAAUCCAUUAUCACUUUAUAUCAUGCAAUAUGCUUCACAUAUUCGUGAAUCUGACGAGGAAUCAGUAGGUGGUGCCACCAUUGGCUCAGAAAUACCACAAGAAGAAGAAGAAAACGAGGAAGAAGAAGGUCGUUUAAAAAGGAAAACAGCAAGAAUUAAGAAAUUCUUUAAAGUCACAGCACAAAAGGCUGCAAAUAAAGCUAAAUCUAUAGCAUCGGAAGUAUCACAUGCACGACAUAAAGAGGAUAUUGCAGACAUUCCUGAUGUUGCUAAUCCUGAUAAUACGAUUAAGAUUAAAGCUAGUAAGACAAAUACAGGUCCCUAUGAAUUCUCGAAAAUCCAACAUUUACAGGAUUUGUCUGGAGAGCAAUCUGGUGCUGUUUGGUGCAUGAAAUUUUCGCCUUGUGGUCGAAUGCUAGCCACUGGUGGACAAGAUAAAUUGCUUAGAAUUUGGGUUUUAAAAGAUGCUUAUCUACAUUUUGAGGAAUUGAUUAAGAAGUUUAAUGCUGAUCAAAAGUCAUCUCCAACACCAUCUCAAGAAUCUUUAGUUUCACAUCAAUCAUUUGAAGAAUCAGCACAAAUUUUACAUGCUGUAGCAAAUUCAACUGGUCCUUUUAUCCCAAUUCCUUAUAGAACAUAUUAUGGUCAUACUUCUGAUUUAUUAGACGUCUCAUGGUCUAAAUCACAUUUCAUAUUAUCGAGUUCAAUGGAUAAGACUGUUCGAUUAUGGCACAUUUCACGUCGUGAAUGUUUAUGCUGCUUCCAACACAUUGAAUUUGUUACAGCAAUUGCAUUUCAUCCACAAGAUGAUUCAUUCUUCCUUAGUGGCUCACUUGAUGGACGAUUGAGAUUAUGGAAUAUUCCGAAUAAAAAAGUUUUUCUUUGGAACGAGAUCGAUGGACGUAGACAGUUAAUAACAGCUGUUAAUUUCUGUCAAAAUGGCAAAUUCGCUGUAAUUGGAACGUAUGAUGGCAGAUGUUUAUUCUAUAAUACAGAACAGCUUAAAUAUCACACACAAAUUCAUGUGCGUUCGACGAGAGGAAAGAAUGCAACAGGCAGAAAAAUUACAGGAAUUGAACCGAUGCCUAACGAAGAUAAAAUCUUGGUGACAUCAAAUGACAGUCGUAUUCGAUUGUAUGAUUUACGUGAUUUAAAUUUAAGCUGCAAAUACAAAGGAUAUGUGAAUGAUUCACAGCAAAUAAAGGCAUCAUUUAGUCACGAUGGCAAAUAUAUUAUUAGUGGAUCGGAGAAUCAAAGCAUCUAUUUGUGGAAAACUCAUCAUGAUUUUACAAAAUUAAGUUCCGUUCGACGUGAUCGUAGUGAUUUCUGGGAAGGAAUUAAAGCUCACAAUGCGACAGUUACAUGUGCCAUAUUUUCGCCACAUCCAGAGACAAUUAUCAAGCCUGAAAUUGAUUCUGAGAUUACCGAAAAAGAGAAAGUAGAUCCAUUAGUUGAGCAAAGAACAAAAGGUUGUGGAGGCUAUGUGAUGGUCAGUGUUGAUUUCACUGGAUGCAUCAAAGUUUUUGUCAACAAGACAAAGCCUAAACACUCGAGCUUACCGUAUACUGCUUAUACAACACCCGAUUGAUGGUUAGCCGAUCAGUCUAACAUCUUGCCGCAUUUUCCUUAACGGAACUCCUCAUACUGAUUAACUUGUAAUUCAUGAAUCAUGAUGGAUAUUAAAAAUAACUAGAAUAUGAAAAAUAAUUUCAUUUACAUACCUACCUACAUCAAUAUAUAUCCAUUUCCUUUUAAUCUACGUAUUUUAAUUGUUUUCUGUUUUAAAAAAUGGGUUUUUGUUGCAAUUUAAUGUUUUUUUAGCUCUUGUAGAUAUCCGAAUGUAGCAUGGACUAUUUAAUCUACAUUCAUAUUUAUUAAAAUUUUAUAUAGAUAAUAAAGUUAAAU